AUGUCAUUAAAUAUAUCAUUAUACACGGUUUCUGCUGUUCUAAUAUUAGAUAAUGAAGGUAGUAGAUUGUUUGCCAAAUAUUAUAAACCAACAUUACCUGAAGAUUCAAUCAAUAGUUCAAUAAAAUUUCCUCAUCAAUUUGAAACUCAACAACAACAAAUUAAAUUUGAAAAAAAUUUAUUUGAUAAAAUUUAUAAAGUCAAUCAAGAUAUAUUAUUAUAUGAUAAUCAUUUAAUUACUUAUAAACAAAUCAAUGAUGUUUUAAUUGUAUUGGUAUCUCCAUUAAAUGAAAAUGAAAGUUUGAUUUAUUCAACUAUGAAUAAUUUAUCUGAAGCUUUAACUAUUUUAUUAAAUAAUACAAUUGAUAAACAAACAAUUUUAGAAAAAUUCGAUAUGGUAAGUUUAGCAAUUGACGAAACUAUAGAUGAUGGUAUAAUAAUAGAAUAUGAUCCAGCUACUAUUGUUAGUAGAGUUACAAAUCCUCCUGUUGCUGGUUUAGAAGGUGUUAAUUUGAAAAAUAUUGAUAUUAGUGAAAAAGGUUUGUUCAAUGCUUUAUCUUUUGCUUCUAAAAAAUUGGGUGAAAGAUUACAACAAGGUUUAUAG